AUGCCGUCUUCUGAGAUCGAAAGAAUAUCACAGUUAUUGAAAGAUGAUGUGUCAACUGAGAGCAUUCGUAAAGUCAGAGAAAACCUCAUUAAGGAGAAGUCAACGGUAGAAUAUCAAUUGAAUAAACAAUCCAAAGCCCGUUUCCAAGAUGCUCAAUCUUGCCUACAAUUAAUGACCCAAGCUCAGAGAAAUAUGAAAUCUCUCAAGGACGAUUUACGUAAAGUCGACAGUCUCAGUAAAGAAAAUAGGUCAUCGAUUGAGAGGUAUGAUAUAAUUAACGACGCAACUAGAUUGCACGAACUAAUGGAAAACACUACGGCGAUCCAUCAAAAAAUCAUACAAUAUAACGAUUUCCUCAAUGAAUUGGAGACACUUCUAGAUCAUGAACUGAGUCACGAUCCUUUGGAAUCUGGAUGUCCAAGUUUGCUCAAAAUCCAUUUCAUGAUUACUGCAGCCCGUGAUUUUCAUGAUCAAAUGAUAACUCUAGCUUCUAUUUCGUCAAUUGAUGUACAAACAACGAUGUCAAAGGUUUUUCAAAGAGUCCCAGGUUGUAUCGAAAAGUUCAACAAACUCUUGCGGGACAUUACGUAUGACAUUAUCGAAGCGGUACGAACAGAAAAUCAAUCACUGUUGAUACGGCUCUUCAAGGUUAUUCAUGUGGAAGAAUGCGAAGAUAUCAAAAUAAUAGCAACUAGAAAUAUCAUCAAAGCGAAAGAGCUGGAAUCGGAGUCCAAAAAAUCCAAGAAAGUCUCAGACAAAAUGUCAGCAUUUGACACUAACAAUAAAAAAUAUACAGAGUACCCUACCGCAUUAGGCAUAGCAACAGAAAUUAACAAAGGAACUAUUCAGACACGGACUCUACCGCGUGGCUAUAAAACUUUCUUUUUAAGUACAAUUCACAAAGGUAUCCAAGAAAUGUUCACUGAAGUAAGAAAUGAAUACAGUGGUGACAAGAAAUUCGAUGUUUUAAACAACUUGGAUUGGGUUUUUAAUGAAUUAAUGGUCGUUCGAGACCAUGUCACUCCAUUAGGACCUGCUCAUUGGAAACUUUUCGAAAGAUACUUCGAGUUUUAUUAUGAUGAGAUUCACAAAUUGAUUACCGAGCUUGUGGAUUCUGAACCAGAAACCAUAAUUAUCUUAGAUAUUUUGGAGUUCGAUAAAAACUUCCAAUCAGUCUUAAAGAAAGAAUUCGGAUUUAACAAGGAUAGAAUAAAGAGUAUUAUCGGUGACUCUGAGAAGGAGCAACUACUCUCCGACUAUCUAACAUUGAUUUUGAACAAGAUGAGAGAAUGGAUUGGUAAUCUUGAGAAAACUGAAGUCGUUAUCUUCACUGAAAGAAGUUCUCCACCACAUGUUGACUCCGAUAAUUGGUUAUUUCUUGAUGGUACUAAAACUUGUUUCCAAAUGUUCAACCAACAAGUUGAAGUCGCUGCUGGUUCGGGUCAAGCUAAAAUACUUGUCGGUGUUGUAGAAAGAUUCUGCAAUUUGCUUUUAUCCAGACAAGAGAUUUGGGUUCAGACCAUUAAUGAUCAGUUAGAGAAGUGUAUUGAGUUUAACCAUCGUUACGAAAUGAAUCCUGAAAGCUUCACGAAAGAGAACGAGUUCCCUGGCGGACUUGUGGAAUACUUGGUAGCUGUUGCUAAUGAUCAAAUGAAAGCUGCGGACUAUGCCGUGGCAAUUUCUCAAAAGUAUGGUUCAUAUGUUUCUAAAGUUCAUGAACGUGCUAUAACAGCGCAAAUAGAAAAGACAUUGGACGGAUUUGCCUACGUGGCAAAGUGUGCUACAAGUGGUAUUUGUAAGGUUAUAUUUGAUGACUUAAGGACUCCAUACAGUGAAAUUUUCGACAAAUCCUGGUAUGGAGGAAACCAAACUCAGCAAAUUGCCUCUACUGUUCAAGAAUACUUGAAUGACAUUAAAGAACAGAUGAAUCCAUUCAUUUUCUUCUCAUUAGUUGAAACUACUGUAGAAGACGCUUUAUUGAAAUACGUGCAAUGUUUGAAGUACGAACAUUCCAUAAAGAAUAAAGGAAAUAAAUUCUUAGAUUGCAUAAGAAGGGACUUCAAAAUCUUCUACCAGUUGUUUGUAGAAUAUGUGCCAGCUGAAGAAAAGGCCAUGCUUGACGAUAAGUUCAAGUUUGCUGAAUAUUUUAUAGAUUUAUGCUGCGACACCUCAGAUGCGGUAAUAGAGUCAUGGAAACUAUGUCUUGAAACAUACUGGGAUUGUCCGUUAGCGGUACUACAACAUAUUUUGAAGAGUAGAAAAGAUGUAGACAAGUCCGAUAUGAAGAGAAUGUUGGCACAGGCCGAAGCGAUCCAAACAAGCCCACAACGCAUUGCUCAGUUGAAAUCGAUGGAUUUACCUGCGACGUUCAUUAGUCGCUUUUGA